AACGACACUAAUUCAAGAUGGCGGCCACCGACUUGAACGAAAUGCGACGGUACUUUGAAAAUAACUCAAGAACGAAAGACUUUGUUGCCCAUACAGCCAAGGUUCAUUCGGUGGCGUGGAGCUGUGAUGGUAGAAGACUUGCUUCAGGAUCUUUCGAUAGAACUGUCAGUAUUUUUGUUCUAGAGAAAGAUCGCUUGACAAAAGAAACAACCCAUAAAGGCCACGGUGAGAGUGUCGAUCAGCUCUGUUGGCAUCCUAGCAAUUCAGAUCUCCUUGUGACUGCGUCUGGGGAUAAAACUAUCAGAAUAUGGGAUGCAAGAGCUAACAAGUGUGUGUCAGUAGUAAAUACUAAAGGAGAGAAUAUUAACAUAUGUUGGAGUCCUGAUGGCAACACAAUAGCAGUGGGAAAUAAGGAAGAUCUGAUAACAUUUAUAGAUGCAAGAACUUACAAGGCAAGGUGUGAUGAACAAUUUAAAUUUGAGGUUAAUGAAAUUUCCUGGAACAACACAAAUGAUUUAUUUUUCCUUACAAAUGGUCAUGGAUGUAUUAACAUAUUAAGUUACCCAGAUUUGAAACCACAACAGACAUUACAUGCUCAUCCUGCUAACUGUAUCUGUAUAAAGUUUGAUCCCAAGGGAAGAUACUUUGCAACUGGAAGUGCAGACGCUUUGGUGAGCCUGUGGGAUCUGGAUGAGCUGGUGUGUGUGCGAACAUUCUCAAGAUUAGACUGGCCCGUUAGAACACUGAGUUUCAGUCACGAUGGAGAGAUGCUGGCGUCUGGCUCUGAGGAUCUUAUCAUUGACAUAGCGAUGGUCGAGACAGGCGAGAGGAUAUGUGAAGUACCAUGCAAUGCUCCAACCUUUACAGUAGCCUGGCAUCCACAGAAACCUCUCUUGGCUUUCGCGUGUGACGAUAAGGAUAAACACGAUCGUGAUGCCGGCACUGUCCGUCUGUUUGGACUGCCAACCAACUCUUCAUAACCCUGGAUAGCACUGAAUUAUCACAGUCGGAGACCGUGGUUGUUGUGGAACAUACUUUGCAAACGCACUACCGCGUUCAAGACACUCUUAAACUGUUCAUUGAUGUUAUGUUUUGGUCCAUUUCUUCUGCGAGAAUUAAGAUCGCGUUGUGUUAAAAUAUCUGUACAUUUUUAGUCUGGUUUAAUGCAAUUUUACUGUGAAUGAAAUGAGGAAAAGAAUUUUGAGGAUUCUUGUAAGCCUGGAUUGAGUGCCUGGAAAAUUGGACAUCUCGUAACAGACUAUUAGGUAAAAAGAGCUUGGUUUAUAUACCCCAACACUUUUCGUGGACCAGUGCGAAUACUGCACAAGGAAAUUCGCUUACAGCUAUAAGCUUCUUCAGCUUUCAUGUGUCGUGGUAGUCGUAUGAAUGCGGGUGCAAUAAAGAAUUUGCACUACGAGUGAUAUGUGAGAAUAUUUUUCAAAAUUGCACGAGCCUUGAGGUUGGUGCAGUUUGGAACAAUUCUGAACUAGCACGAGUAGUGUUUCAUUAUAUGAACAAAAA